AUGGCGUCGACGUCGACGACGCGUCGCGCGUUCGCGACGUCGGUGUCGAUCGCGAUGGUGCUCGGGGCGGAUGCGUCGGCGCGCGGAUGGGCGCGGGCGGGCGGGACGGACGCGGAUGGAGAGCACGCGCCCGAUCACGCGCUUCCGGGACCCUAUCGCGUGCGAACGCUCCCGCAGUUGGAGCACACGUGCGAUCGGUGCUUUCCCAUGUGCACGGGAUUGAGCUGCUUGACGAGAAUCAAGGUGUACGUGCCGCGCACGGAGUUCGCGGUGGACGCGUUGUUUCCGGUGCGCGGCGUCCGGGGGAUCGAUGCGGGUGCGUCGACGAGCGAGGACGGAUCGAGGGGUGAUGUGGCGGCGCCGUAUCCGGUGGCGAUCAUCACGCCCGGGUUUUUGAUCGAUGGCGACGCGUACGCGACGCUCGCGCGGCGGUUGUGCUCGUGGGGGUUCGUGGCGGUGACGUACACAAAGACGGAAUCUGUCGCCGGUGGAACGCUCGACGACGACGUGAGCGCGGCGAUUUUGGAUGAUUUAAUAUCGUGGAUCGGUUCAGACGUGUUGCUGUCGCCAUACGCGGACUCGCAAAACGUGUACUUGAUCGGGCACAGUCGCGGCGGGAAGAUUUCGAUGCUUCAGGCGACGAGAGACGACCGCGUCAAGGCGGUGUGUCUGCUCGAUCCCGUGGACAACACCGUGUACGCACCGAUCGCACCGGGGUAUCCGUCAUCGCUCGCGGUUAUGGAGGCGAAUCCAUCGCGUGUGCCACCGAUAGCGAUCGUAGGCGGAGUGAACGGCGGCGAGUGCGCGCCCGCUUCGUCAAAUUAUGAGCAGUUCUUCGCGGCGUCGCCGAGCGGCGCGGUGGCGCGCGAUCACCCACCGUGGGGGAUCUCCUGCGGAGCCGGACACUUUGAUUUCGUGGACGAGGCCACGUUUGUGCAAAAAGUGAUCUGUCCCGAGGGCACGCUCGACGCAACCGCGACGCGUGAUUUGAGCGCCGCCAUCGCCGUCGCGCACGGCGAGCGCAUCUUCCGUCCUCUUCCGGCGUACGGCGAUGACGACGCCGUGCUCGAUCGCGUCCUCGUCUCUCUUCGUAAUCAGUGGAUCGAUCGAGGCAUCGAUUUCACCACUGUUCGUAAGAUGUAG